CUUGCAAUAACUGUCCAUCCUGAAACUUUGUCAUAGAAUCCAGAUCCAGUGGUGUGAACUCGGCUUUUAUGUCCAAUAUUUCACCAUCGGUGGUUUUAAGAUCUUCAAACUUUUUGUCAAUAUCAUUAUCGUUUAUCCAUAAACCCUCUGGUUCCUAAAUACAAAAUGUAUAGAUCUGAUCAGAGGUGUACGUGACUUAAAGGUUAGUGAAACCGUUAUAAUGGUAGUGAUAUGUUACACCCCUGUCUAUCAGAUGAACCUGGACCACACCCCUAGCUACUCUAUCAAACACGUACUGUAUAGUUCAUGGGGAAUGAAAUUAUGGGGUUGGGGCUCCUCUCCCCCACCCCCUCCCCACACACACCACAGUCUGCCUGUAUUAUAAAUUCCAUUACAUUAUUAAUACAAUUUCAAACGUUUACAAUAUAAUAUAUAUAUAAACUAUUACGUUCUUGUAAAUAGAUGCUUAGCUAUAUUAAUAUGUUACAGCAAGCUACUCUGGAUUACAAUUAUUUCCUACAAAUAUUUCGAUCUUACGGCUUGCAGGUAUGUUUUGCUUAUCCUCUGUUUUACAGCUUCAAAUUCCCGCAGGUUAAUAACACCAUCGGUAUUUGUGUCGUACGCGUUGAAAAGCAGUAAAGUUUCUCUUGGAAAUUCAUCGUCUGAAGCAGGAAACACUGCAUUAAGGUAGAUGUUAAUUAAAAUUCCAGUUUGCAACACUAAAAUACUGAGAAGGAACAACGCUGCAUUUCGCCAUGAAAACAUUGCGAAUGAAUUCCUGUUACAAACAAAGUCUUCCGUCUCAGAUGCAUGUGUCGCAUUCUAUUGUAUAAUUCCCCGAAGUAGCAAAUCACAUGACGAGAUUUCAUGGAAUUAUUACAGGUAUAAAAGUAUUUAAAAUUAUAAUUCUCGCUUUCAUCCUAUUAUAUUAUUUACAUAAAUAAUGUCCCUAAUUAUAUGAUAGUUUAAAUUUGCCCUUUCACCCUCACUACAGGGCCUCGGGAGCAAUUGAGCACCAAAUUGAAAGUUGUACCAAGUGUUGCACAGUUUAUAACUGGGUAUUUUCUUCUGUAAACUGGGUAUUUUCUUCUGUAAAUUAGAAGUGUAUGUGAAUUGUUUUAGAGAGGAUAUUCACAAAUUACAUGUUAGGUGCCGAUUACAUGGAUCGUUUUCACCCAGGGUUGAACUCGGCCCUGUUGAUCGGGUUGAAAUUUCAGCCCUGUCUGUAAUACAAAAUUAUCAGCUAGGGUUUAAAAUUUGCAUUGUCCUGCAUUACCGAUUAGCAUAAUAAUUUAAAAUUUGUGUUCUGAAACGAUAAACAGUAUUUUUUCCUCACGCUAAUGUAAUCACAGUAAAUUUUUAGUGUUUUCACGACUGACAGUAACCGGAAUUGAGUGAAUCACGACGCACAAUAUACCCCAUCAACACCCUCAUAUGUACCAGCGUAGGUAGUAGCAAAAACAUCAGAGAAAUGCAAAUUGAUAUUGAUUCAACUACCUGAAAAAAGUAAAACUUCAUUUACUGCUAUAAAGUAGGCUUGAUCGCAAGCCUGCUUUAUAGAAGACAGCAGCAGUAUCAGAUACAGUAGGAGAGGGCUAAAGUUUACAACUUGCUAAUCCCUCCCCCCUUGCCCAAAUCUUGUUCCCCACCCGUGUGUAACUUAAACUCCCACCCUCCUGCUGUUCAGCUGUGCAGAUAAAUUAAAAUGAUGGCCGCGACUGUGGAUGGAAAAGGCAUGAAAAGCCAGGCUAAAAACAAAGAUGCUACCCAACAAACACUCACAAUUAACUUCGUGCCGGAAACAGAGCGAUAUUCAAAGCCUACGAAUAUGGAGGAACACAUUCGAACAUAUUUUGAGGGAAUAAACGGCAUCAACCGCCGAAUUAUUGCGGAGGAGAGAAAAAUCAUUGCACAGAAUCGAAAUACGUGGCCAAGCUUGACGGUCGAAGAAAGGGACAAGCUAUUGAACGACCGCUUCAUUGCGAGCGACAUUCGGCAGAAAUAUAACACAAGCGAUGAAUAUUGGAAAGAAAAGACGCCGUGGAAUCCUGAAGAGUUGAUUUCGUCUGAAGAUUUAAAACCAUGCCCUCGAGAGGAGAGGACAGACAGUAUGUCAUUAAAUGUAUGUUUAAUAUUUAUUUAACAUUGUAUUAUAACGCUGUUUGAUUUGUUCGGUUAUUCUUGUCUUGAAGGAGCCUUUUUUUACGGAAAGGGAAAUGUUUUUACAAAGCAGUGCUUGAAAUUUGAUAAGGUUAUAACCGUACAAAGAGCUUUUUGUCUCAAAUUUGUCAAAUAUAAUAAUAUAUUAGUUUUAUACUUUUAUCACAUUACUAGAACACAAUAGCCCUAGCAACGCCCCUGUGUUUGCAUUAUCUUAAUGUAAAAUUGUGUCCAUGUUAUUGUUGCAAUUUAUACUUCCUGUUAGCAGGUUUAAAAAUGUACAUGUGCAAAGUGAAAAUGCAAAGUUGCUAGCACAACACAUGUUUUGUUGCUAUUUGAAGCUUCCAAAUAUUAAAUAUUGUCCACUCUAUGCUCUAAUACUUUAUUAUUUUACUCUGACUAAAGGUAUGUUUCCACGCUGCGAUUUGUUCCGAUUUGUAUUCUGGCAUAUGAAAAUAAUUGUUGACGUCAAAAUUCCUCUUUGUUUAGUUUAUUAGCGAAACUAAAAUGCAACAUACCACUUUGUGUGCAACACCAGAAUACGAAUCAUACAUGACAAAUUUCAGCAGGUAAACAUACCUUUACACCAGACUUUACUCUAUCUAUUAAGUCAAACGAUUUUACUCAUUAAGGGGAGAGUGCUGACUUUAGACCAGGCAAUUUUACUUCUGAAGGGAAAAGUGUUUGGCAUUUAUAACUCAAUUUACUUAUUGUUCUAGGAUUCUUUCUCCAAGCCAUUCCAAUGGGCCACAAAGGUAGUGAUUCUUUUCUUUACAAAUAGAACACAGUUUUUGAAAAGUUUUGCAAUAAAUAAUCUCAUAAUAACAUAUGUGUCUAUGCUAACAGAGUCAGAGAAACCUUAAAUUUCCUGCAAUUAAACAAGAAAAAAGAAGGAUUAACACAGAACAGCCACAGCCAACAGAAUCGACUUCGAAGAAGUCCGAUGAGAUAAACAAUGCAAAGGCAGAAGAUGAAACUGUUAAAAAACUAAACAAUGUCGAGCAGAGCAUAAAAGAAAAACAAAUAAAAACUACAAAUGAAAAUAUUAAAGGAAACAUUGAAAGCAGUAACCCAGGAAAAUCUAAAGUGGUAGAAGAUAAACCAAUAACGUCAACAUCAAGAAGUAACGAAAAUCUGAACCAGCUUGAUGAACAAGAAUCCACAUCUGAACAGGUAUUCAUCUUGUUUUAUAAACGUUUUGUAUUUGGUUGUUCAAUAUCGAGCUAAUCAGUUGACUUGUUUAUGCAUGUUGCUAUACCAAAUACACUCAAAUGCUUGGUUAUCUUUCUUACAUUCUGUGUUUACAUUAUCAUAACAGUGGUAACUAGGAAUGUGAGUAAUAAUUUGGCAACUAAAAACUGUCAACAGAAGGAAAGAAUGUGUCAAUUGUUUGGGUCAGUUCAACCAGAUGACAAUGUUAUUUUUCCUUAUUUUACAGCCUAAACCUGAAGGGAAUGAAUACAUGGAUGGAUCAAGUAACAUAUUUGAAUUUCUACAGAGUUGGAAUCCAUGAUAGUGCAUAAAUAAGCUAUAUUUGACCAUGCAUGGGAAUGAAAGUAAUAGAAUAUUGUCCAAAUAUUUCUGAAAAUGUGGGUUCUUAAUUUGCAUUAUUCAUUGAGAGUGAUUCUUUAUUACAGGGGAGAUUGAGACAAGUACAGUUUGGACAAGAAAUAUGUUAAAUAUCUCAUUUGAUAUACUCAUUUAAUUAUACCAAUAAAGUGAUACAAACAAGGAUUAUCCUUUCACACUUUCUCAAAAAUAAAAAAAAAUAAAAAAAGUCCCCAAAAUCCUAGCUGCCAAAAAUUUUGAAAUCCCUAAAUUCCAAAACUUCCUAUAGUCACUAAAAUUCCCACAAAAUAGCUAAAAAUCUCUUGCAAAAUGCACAAAAUCCCUUUGGAAAUCCCAACAUCUAGUGAAAAUCCUAAAUUCUUGCCAAAAAAAAAUAAAUAAAAUCUGCUGAAAAAAAUGUUUGCAAGGAUUUUAAAGUCUCAAAAAUCCUCCUACAUUUUUUUCUGCGUAUUAUAAAUUCACCCCUUGAUACAAACUAUGAAUUUACACUGUUAUUUUGUUAUGAUUCCUCAUUAUCAGCUACUGUUGGUGUGAAAAUACUUGAAUCUGCCAUCAAGUAAUUAAAUUUUUUUGCAAUAAUAAAAUACUCAAAGUGGAAGGCAUCUAUUACAUUCAUUCCCGUGGCCAUAUCGGAAGUUCAUUAAUGAAUGUAGAUAUGUAGUAAUACUUUAAAUUGGAAAUAUUUGCUUGUUAAAUGAUUACAUAAAGUCUGUAUAGUUUUUGAACAUUGUAAUUUAUAUUAGUAGUGAAACUGUUAGUGUGGAAAGGUCUUCAUUUAAUAAAGGGAAAUUAGUGAUUGAUUGUUAAAAAUUGUAAUAUAUAAUAAUUACAUUUUGUCAGUAAAACAUGGUCUACUCAUUGGCUUGAUAAUUUCCAUCAACAACACAGCUAUUGAAUCGAGUAAGAUGCCAACAAAAUCUUGAUGUUUUACUCAUUGGCCUUUUUAUUGCCGUCAAAUGAAUUGAUUUUAUUUAUUUAUUUUAUUUUAUAAGAUUAAGAUUUUCC